AUGGUAGAUGUAACACAUGAAUCAAAGAGAUGUAAUGGAAAAUCAUAUAUUGUUGUGCAUCUUCUUAUAAUAUUAUUUGGUAUAUCUGCUUGGAUUGGUAUCAAUGGAAUAUUUAUUCAAAUACCAGUGCUUAUCAAUACUUCUCCAGAAGGUUGGGCUUUACCAACUUAUCUAGUAUUAGUAAUACAGACUGCAAAUUUUGGACCUUUACUUUAUACAAUUUUACAAUACUUUCAAUGCAAAAUAAAUGAACCAUGGUGGAUAGUAUGUUUGUUGGCAUCAGGAUCUUCUGCAAUGGGACUUCUGAGUUUCUUUUAUUCUGAAAUAACUAUUAUUAAUGGUGUUCAAUAUAGUUUGGUAUUAUUUGUCUUGACAUUUUUCAAUGCUUUAGUAGGUUGCUUUAGUUCUGUAUUAUUUAUGCCGUAUCUUCGCAAUUUUAAUGAAAGAUUUUUAAUAUCCUAUUUCAUAGGAGAAGGAUUAAGCGGUGUAUUGCCGAGUGUAAUUGCUUUGAUACAAGGAGUUGAAGAUAAUACAGAAUGCGCGACUUUUAAAAAUAAUACACAUGUGGAAUCUCCUUCAGAUUCGUUUAGCUUAAACUUUUCUCCAAGUGAAUAUUUCCUUUUUAUUUUUAUCAUCCUAUUUUUAUCUUUGACUGCUUUUGCCAUUGUAGAAUACUCUCCAUUUCUUCAGAACUCAAAACACAUUCAUAAAUCUGUUAGUACAGUGUUUGAUGAAAAACAAAUUAAUGUUUCCCAUAAUCAUGCUUCUGAUGGUGUACAAAGAACAAAACAUUAUUCAUUAGAAAGAGAUUCAUUUCUUCAUGAUAAUAGUAAGUACUUAACAAAACAGAUGCGAAAUUAUUUAUUCAUAUUACUAGCUAUUUGCUGCUUUUUUAGCAAUGGUUUCUUUCCUAGUAUACAAUCUUACUCUUGCCUGCCAUAUGGAAAUACAGCAUAUAAAUUAUCAGUUACCUUUGCUCAAUUUGCAAACCCACUUGUAUGCUUAUUAGCAUUUUGGUUUAAAGUAUCUAACAUAAAAAUUAUCAAUUAUUUAUCUAUAGUAUGUUUGGCUAUUGGCAGUUAUGUUACAUAUUUAGCAUUAGUGUCUCGUUCACCACCUCUACAAGAAACAAAAUUAGGCAUUUAUUUAGUUAUCAUAUCAUGGACACUAUUAAUGGGAUUAAUUUCUUAUUUAAAAUUAAUUAUUGUAUCAGUAUUUAGAAGUACAAUGUUCCCAAAAAUACUCUUUUAUGCUGGUGUAAUUAUGCAAGCAGGUUCUGCAAGUGGUGCAAUAUUUUCAUUUGUAACAAUUAACUUCACAAAUUACUUUGAAAUGCAUGAUAAUUGUGCUUUAAUGGAUAACUGAUACAUUGUAAAUGUGUUAUGUACACUUAUAUAAUUAUAAAAAGAGGAAGAACAAAUUUAAAUGUUCUAUGUGUGGCAUGUAUGAAAUGGUAAUUAUAAUAGCACUUUUAUUGAGACAAAAGUAUAAAUAUGUACAUACUAAAAGUAUGUAUAAAUAUAUUUAUAUGAUUGUACAUAUGUGUCUGCAUUUAUGAAUGAACAUAUAAUGAAUGUAGAGAAAUGAGUAAUACAAAGAAAUUGUAAAAAUGCCGAAUGAAUGUUAACAGAUUAUACACGUAAAAAGAAAUAUCCAAAAAU